GGGGAAGAAGGCUUCUAUAACAUUGCACAUAUGACUAACACACCGAACAGUGUCAACUGGGCGCUCGAUAAAGGUGCAAACGCCGUUGAGUUAGAUUUGAACUUUGACAGUUCAUCUGGUUCUCCGCUCUUAUUCCGGCAUAGCAAAGCUGGGGAGGCAUGUGAUUGCUCGUGUUUAUGCCCCGCCCCAAUUUGGUGGGUAUGCAGUUUUUUAUAUCCCAAUACCGUGUGUGCAAAGCUGUUGGGUGACGUUAGAGGAAUGUCUCCGUGCAGAGCAGAAUCUUCCAUGACAACUAUGUUGAAUUUUCUCGCAAAAAAGUCUAGCCUCGCUUUGGUAAUUAUCGACUCAAAAAUCGACAGUGAUGAUAUGGACUCUAAUAAAAUGAAAUCUGCAGGCGGUAUGGUAGCGUCGAGUUUAAUCAAACAACUUUUUCAGGCAGGUUACGGUGGAAAAGUUAUAAUUGGAUCCCCCAAGCUUGACACUUUGCCGUAUUUACAGGCAGCUGUCGGUGCCUUACAGGGCUCGCAGUAUCAGAGUCGUGUUUAUUUUACCAUCGACCUUGAAAAAAACAACAUUGUUAACACACUUAAGGAGCUGCACAAACUACCGACACGCAAUAUUGUAUAUGGUACAGGAAUUACCAUAUGUUUGUCAGCUUCCACAAUAAAACAAUCUACAAUGGAGCUUGCUGCUUUGAAUAAAGCCAAAGGCGUGACUGGCCUUACCUAUCUCUGGACUGUCGAUAAGGAAUCAACAUUAAAGGACAAUCUCCCAUUCAUUCAGGGCGUCCUCUCGAACACUCCAGGAAUGGUUAAUAAGAUUCUUCGAGAAAACGGUAUAAAACUAGCAACCCAGUCAAGUAUUAUACCUCAGGCGACCAGCUCCGACGUAAUUACUAGUUCGGAGAAGCUAAAAUGCGACUGUGAUUAUCACCCGGGCGGCUGUUCCAUCAGCCGACCAGCUCCUUCAGGUAUGGCUUGUCAUUGUGAAUACAAAGGAGCCUGGACAUGUGGAGGAAGCGUGUCUCAAUGUCGGAACCCAAGCUCCCAUUACUGCUCUAAUCCCGAUUAUUCUGUACAGUCAUGUCUCUUAGGGGGCGGUGAUUGUGAAGGGUAUAAAUCAGCCACGUGUGAUUGUGAUUACCACCGAGGAGGUUGUUCAAUAAGUCAAGCUCCGCCUCCAACCACGGCAUGCCGAUGUUCUUACAAGGGAUUUUGGACAUGUGGCGGAAGCAUAACAAGGUGUAAAGAUUUUAACAGCCAUUACUGCUCUUUCCCAGACAAGUCCAUUUACACGUGCCGCCUUGGGGGAGGAGACUGUGAUGGAUACUGAUUUAGAACGUACAUGUUCGAACUUAUAUAAAGCCUUGUUUUGUUUUGAAGUUAUUAGUAAAAAAUUGUUUUGUCAUUGAUAUCUUCUGGAAAUAUAACACAACAUCUCAUUGUGGAUUAAAUAUUUCUUUGCUUUA